AUAAAGUUUCGAACGCCUCUGCUAUCAAUCGAGCAAUUAAUUUUUAAUUUAAUUCUUAAUAAUUACAAUAUUGAUUCAAUUUCCCAACUGCCAAAAGCUUCGGCAACUAAAUAAGUCUUACACAUAUCAACAGUUGUAAAAUUAGUGUGUAUUUUGUAGUAUCUGUAGAAUGCUGUGAAGUGUGCGAGCGAAUGAAGCGAAUAAAGAAAUAUUUUCGUAAAAUGAGUUCCCAAUGUUUACCCGUGCCCACAAUGGAAGAAGUAACUCAACCUCCGGACACUCAAAUACAGUCCUUGCCAAAUGAAAUUGUAUACAAAAUAUUGCUCUAUUCUGAUUGUCCUGAUAUUGUUUCAUUUGGAGCUACAUGUAAGCGUUUUUGGGAAUUGAUUGAAGACAAUGAAAUCCUUUGGAGAAAAAAAAUCAAGUCUAUAUUACCACCUGUAAUGUAUGAUACAGUAUACAAACAUUGUAAUGGUGAGUGGCUGAGUAUGGUCAAAGGAUUUCACAAAGUCAAGAAACUUAUUUAUGCUGAAAUUUUAGCCAUGUCACCUAAAUUUUAUUGGAAAUGUAAUGAUGUCACGCUAGAAGACGUAGGUCCAUUUUUCAAUAUUGCAUUAAGUGACAAUGUGUCAUAUUAUUAUGUGAUUUUUAUAUUGCAAGAUUUAAUUGCAAAAGGAAAUGCGCAAAUUGAAAAGAAGUGUCCUAAAAAACCUUUUACCAUGACCGAAAUGUACUAUGCAAAGGUGGUUCUGCGCUACUUGAUCCAUGCAUUCCUUGCCUUAAAAUGGGUAAGAGCACACAAGAGAAAUGAGCUGCUUCCGGAAAUUGUUGUAAAUUUCUUCCUACAGUGGAUAGAUACUGUAAACCUGUAUUCAGAUACAGAAAUGGAAAAGAGUUUAAGUGAUUUGGCUGAUAAAGUCAAAGUUAUAAUUAACAGACAAAAACCUGAACUGGCAACCAAAACUAUUGAAGAGUGUUGCUCUCAACAAUUAGUUGAUGAGAAGAUAGUAUUCAAAACUAUUGCUAUGGCGAUUUACCAGAUACCGCACAUGGCUAUAACAAAUACCACUAGCUUGGACACCCUAAACAUUGUGAAGGUUUUGAAGCUAAGGUGUUCCGACCUAAUUAUUGUUGGUAUUAUAUAUCAAUCCGUGGCGAAGCGUUUCGGUGUGCACAGCGAGUUGAUCUCGUUCCCAUACCACUUGUUCUUAGAGUGGGUGGACACCACCGACGUGACGCGCCCGCUCGUCUACACCAUUGACCUGGACACGGGGGAUAUGAAACCGAAGCGACGGUGCCCCUUCUCUGGCACUCAAACCAGCAAACUGAAUAAGUACUGCCCGGAUUCAUUGCUGAAAUACAUAUACACGGCAUUCCAAGUCACCAUGGGAGCUAUCAAAAACUGGAAUACACAAAAUGCUGUGUUCCUGUUAGACUUUGUGGGAAACAGCAACAACCAAAUAAACCGUUACAGAAACUUUCUUCCUUACCUCUUCGAUUAUAUGGAUGAUCAUGCUUUGGAGACGCCGCUUGAUAUUACUUACCUGGAUUAUUCACACAUGGAACUCAUCAAAACGAUAGCUUACUUAGACCCGCCUCUUGAACCUUUCUAUACCAAAGAGGUGGUGGCAAAAGGUCACGCCAGUAACGUAAAAUACGCAGUGGGAAUGAUUUGUUAUCAUAAGAAAUUAGAAUAUGUGGGCAUCAUUCGAGACUGGGACUUGAGAUGCAAUCCGAAGUUGGCCAAACGCACAGAAUCUGAAUUAAAUUUGGAAUACAGUAAGGACCAACCAUUCUACUAUCUUGUGGCAGCGGACCAGUCCGCCCGAUAUGUGGCUCAAGAAAACCUUGUUGAAAUAAUACAUCCUACCCGACUAUACCACUUGGAAGAUGCCGUUGCACGAGAGUUCUCUCACUUUGACGGCUUCUGUUACGUGCCAAAUGACGAAAAGAAGGCUGAAUAUCCUGAUGAAGCACCAAUCGCAGCUCUGUACCGCAAUCGUUCUUAUUAUAGGCAAUAAAUAUCGCUGUAAUUUUUUCAUGUACUAUUUUCCGUCAUUGAUAUUUAUGCAAAAUAGUGAUUGAUUGUAUUACUGUGAGAUAAAUAUUUAUUUAUCCAAAAUUUAACUCAUUCCUUAUGCAGUAGUUAUGUAAAACUUAUACCUACCACAGUAGGUACCUACGCACAUCGUACAGAAAAACGUAGUGUUGAUGUUUUCUUUCGUAAAAUAACUUAUAAUAUUGUAAUCAUAAUAUUCAGUCAUAAUCAAUAAUUAUAAUUGUUUUAGACGCAUUUCACCCGCAAAAAUAUGUACUUCCAGAAUUUUAUUCAUAAAAGAUAAGUUAAAUCUUGAAAAUUAACUAAUUUAUGAUGUACUUAUCGUUUUCACUUUAAUUUUAUUUAUUAGUAAUGGUUUUUCCCCAGUGAUUAUCUUACACAAUCUCAGCUUGCCUACUUGUUUAGACAUGUUACACAUUUCGUGUAGGUAUGUAGAUUCCGUAAUGGUUACACAUUUGCUGUACUUAUUGAUAGUCGUAUUUUAAAAACAAUAAAUUAAUAUUGUGUAGCAGGUAACUAUAUUAACCUGUCAUCUAUGUUCUUAGACAAAUAAAAAACCAUAGUAUGCUGUUUAUAGGAUUGUGGGAAAUAUUUAUCACAAUUAAUUGUAUGUAAUAUUCAACUGCUCAUAAUUUGUAGUUAAGCACUAUUUUGUAUCAAAAUUACGUAAAAUACAUAUAUCCAGGGUUCGAAAUUAUCAAGAUAAUUACGCUUCAUGAUAAUUAUCAACAGUAUAUGAUACUUUAUUUUUUAUUUUAGACCAUUGAAUUUUUAUUAGGUAUGAAUGAUACAUUUGUCAUAUUGUUUCAUAAGAAAUUAUGAUUGCGAAUUUUGCUUUAUGUUUUUGGUUGCCGAUUGUUGUCAAGUUAUCCAUCGCUAGUCGCGUAAAGCUUGGAAAAUAGAUAAAUAUUUUGCUAGUGAUCAUUGUGGAGCUAAAUAGAUAAGUUUUAUAACUUAUCUAUGGUAUCACUAGACGCAAGUGCGACACGUUCGAAAACUUCGAAUACUGCCCCCUUAGACAAAACGCACUUUUUGAUCGAAUCCGUCAAAACUCCAUACAAAAAAGGGGCCUUUCGACCACUUUUCGACUGGUUUGCGAUUAUAAUUUGCACUUUGUCUAGACCCACAGGGUAUUUUCACGAGCGCAUUUUUUGUUAUUCUCAACUGGUAUUCAUCUGUUAUUAUCACGAUAAUUAUAGUGAUAAUUAUCCUUUCGAACCCUGCAUAUAUCUAUAUUCUUGACGAUUAUAAUAAUAUCCGUACCAUUUUUCAAUACAUUUAUACCUAUGUUUUCCAGAUACUUGUUUCACUUUUAUAAUGUACCGAACUUUUAUUUCAUAGGAUUAAAUGUAAGUACGGGGAAUAUGUAUGUAUGUGUAAUAGGAAUUAAUGUUUCCUUCCAUGUGAUAGAUGUGAUAUAAUUUAUUCUUAAGUCCUAACCCAACGGUCCACUUAUGGACCGCUGGUUUGGGAAAUUCGGCCUGAGUAUUGUAUCUGUAACUGUGUAAGAUACUUGGAUAUUAAAAAUAAAACACUAUAAAAUCA